GACUAUGUUUGCAAGAAAUUAAAAGUACACAUUUAAUUUUAAAUAACAUAUUUUUCCUUUAAUAAUCGUGCAAAAGAAACAAAUCAAGAAGAAUGAGAUGUACGAAGCAUUCCUACAGUAAUUGUUUAUGUUAAUAUUCUUCUACAUCAAUCAUUCCUAUAAAUUAAAUAAUGAGUGAUAGCAGCAGUGAGGAGAAUGAAGAUACAACGUGGGUAUUCUACAGAGAUCGCCCAGAAUGGAAAGACAUAGAACCCUUAUCUCAAGACGAUGGGGUCGACGUACCAGUUGUUGAAAUAGCAUAUUCUGAAAAAUUUAAAGAUGUUUAUGAUUACUUUCGAGCUGUUGUUCAACAAAAUGAGCAGUCUGAAAGGGCACUGCAAUUAACAGAAGAUGCUGUUAAACUUAACGCAGCUAAUUAUACUGUUUGGCAAUACAGAAGAAACAUAUUGAAGUCCUUAAAUAAAGAUUUAUGGGAGGAAAUGAAAUUUGCAGAAAAAAUGAUAAAUCAAAAUCCAAAGAAUUAUCAGGUCUGGCAUCACAGGAAGGUGCUUGUUGAGGAAUUAAAUGAUGCAUCAAAGGAAUUAUAUUUAACUGAAAUCAUGCUUGCUCAAGAUGCAAAGAAUUAUCAUGCCUGGCAGCAUAGGCAAUGGGCAAUAAAGACUUACAAACUAUUUGAUGACGAAUUGAAUUAUGUUGAUGAACUUUUAAUUCAGGACAUAAGGAAUAAUUCGGCUUGGAACCAAAGAUAUUUUGUUAUAAAUAACACUACUGGUUUUACAAAAGAAGUAAUUGAAAAGGAAACUGAUUACACAUUGAAAAAAAUUGAAAUUGCAAAGGAAAAUGAAAGUGCAUGGAAUUACCUCAGGGGAAUCCUCCUUCAUGAUGAACGUGGUUUAAGUAAGAAUACUGAAGUGUCUAAAUUUUGUGAAAACUUGUACACUUCUGGUUGUCAUUCUCCAUUCCUAAUUGCUAUGAUUGUGGAUAUGUGUGAUGAAAAUGUAUCCAAAAAACACAAUGAUCCUAAUUUUUCAUUAGAAAGAGCUUUGAAUUUAUGUGAUGAUCUUGCUACAAAGUAUGAUAUCAUAAGGAAGAAAUAUUGGGAAUACUUUGCUAAUGUCUUGAAAGAAAAAGCAGAGGGUAAAGUUUCACCUUAAGAUCUAGAUUUAAUGUGAGUAUGUGGUAAUUUAGAAUACCUUUUUUUUACUGAUUUAAUAUACUAUUGAUAUUCUGUUUAGUAUAUAUUUUUUCAGGUCUAUUUAAACUAUAAGAACAAUUAGACAAUGAUUUAUUAUGUUUUUUGUAUAUUUUCUGCUUUUUGAACAUCUAUGAAUAUAUGUAUUUAAUGCAUUAAUGUAUGUUCAGCUUCUAAGUAAAUAAAUUUAUUAUGAGCACAGUAUGAUGAAGGAGAUGAAUUACACAUUGAUAAAGUAUAUUUAUUAAAAUCUAGCUAUAAUAUUGUACAAAAAUUGAACUGAGAAUUAAAACGCAUUAUGACUUUGAA